CCGGGCCGGACGGGACCGGACGGGACCCCCAGGACCCCCGCCUGCCGCCCCGGGGGGCGGGGGGAUUAUGGAAGCGCCGCGGGGAUGGAGAUGCCGGGAACCAUGACAACGCCUUUCCCUCCCGCCGCCGGUCCCUCCCCGCAGGCGCUGCCCUAGACCCCCGGCACCGGACCGGGACCGGGACCGGGACCGAACCGAACCGACCCCAGGACCGGGCGCCGAGCCGGGCCACACGGGCACACACACACGCCAAGGGCCCUCCCUGGUGACUUGUCGCUUCGGGGGUUGGCUCCCCCUUUUUAUUUUCUUUCACUUCGGACCUCUCUUUGGGGGCUUGCACCUCUUUUUUAUUUUACACACACACUUCAGGCCUCUUCUUGGGGCUAUUCUCUUUUUUUAUUUUAUUUUACACGCACACACUUAGGGCCUCUUCUUGGGGCUAUUCUCUUUGGGGGUUUGCACCUCUUUUUUAUUUUAUUUUACACACACACACUUCGGGCCUCUCCUUGUGGCUAUUCUCUUUGGGGGCUUGCACCUCUUUUUUAUUUUACACAUACACUUCGGGCCCCUUCUUGUGGCUUUUCCCUUUGGGGGUCUGCUCCCCUGUUUUAUUUUAUUUUACACACACACACUUCGGGCUUCUCCUUGUGGCUUUUCGCUUUGGGGGCUUGCUCCCAUUUUUAUUUCCUUUUGCACACACACACUUCGGUCCUCUUCUUGUGGCUUUUCUCUUUGGGGGUUUGCUCCCCUUUUUUAUUUUAUUUUACACACACACUUCGGGCCUCUCCUUGUGGCUUUUGGCUUUGGGGGUUUGCUCCCCUUUUUUAUUUAACUUUACACACACACACUUCGGGCCUUUCCUGGUGUCUUUUCGCUUUGGGGGUCUGCUCCCCUUUUUAUUUUUAUUUUAUUUUACACACACAUUUCGGGCCUCUCCUUGUGGCGUUUGGGUUUGGGGGUUUGCUCCCCCUUUUUUAUUUUAUUUUACACACACACUUCGGGCCCCUCCUUGUGGCUUUUCGCUUUAGGGGUUUGCUCCCCUUUAUUUUAAUUUAACUUUACACACACACUUCGGGCCUUCCCUGGUGGCUUUGGGGGUCUGCCCCCCUUUUUAUUUUAUUUUACAUACACACACUAAGGGCCUUCCCUGGUGGCUUUUCUCUCUGGGGGUUCGUUCCCCUUUUUUAUUUUAUUUUACACACACACUUCGGGCCUCUCCUUGUGGCUUUUCUCUCUGGGGGUUUGCUCCCCCUUUAUAAUUUUAUUUUACACACACACACUUCGGGCCUCUCCUGGUGGCUUUUUGCUCUGGGGGUUUGCUCCCCUUUUUAUUUUAUUUUACACACACACGCUUCGGGACUUUCCUGGUGGCUUUUGGCUUUAGGGGUUUGCCCCCCUUUUUUAUUUUAUUUUACACACACACUUGGGGCCUCCCUUGGUGGCUUCGGGGGCUUGCCCCCCUUUCAAUUUAUUUCACACACACACUUCGGUCCUUUCCUUGUGGCUUUUAGCUUUGGGGGUUUACCCCCCCCCCCUCCUUUUUAUUUUAUUUUACACACUUCGGACCUCUCCUUGUGGCUUUUGGCUUUGGGGGUUUUACCCUCUUUUUCUUUUAUUUUACACACACACACUUGGGUCCUUCCCUUGUGGCUUUUGGCUUUGGGGAUUUGCUCCCCCCUUUUAAAUUUUAUUUUACACACACACACCACACACUUCGGGAUUUGUGGCCUUUUGCUUUAGGGGUUUGCUCCCCCUUUUUAAAUAUUAUUUUACACGCACACCGGGCCUUUCCUCGUGGCUUUUGGCUUUGCUCCCCCUUUUUUUAAAUUUUAUUUUACACACACACACACACACACGGCCCUUUCCUCGUGGCUUUUGGCUUUGGGGGUUUGCUCUCCUUUUUUAAUUUAAUUUUUUAGUCGAUGCCACCGAACGAGCCGUCGCCUCGGACGCUCGAGGCCCUGCUGGGGGCUGCAGGGGACCCCUCCUCUCCCCUUCCUCCUCCUCCUCCUCUUCGCCACCCGACCCCCCUUGUCGACCAUGAAGAAGUUUAAUUUCCGCAAAGUUUUGGACGGGCUGACCGCCUCGUCCCCCGGGGGAGGGGGCGGGCCUGGAGGGGCAUCCGUGCAUUCCCCCGGCCCCGCGGGAACCCCCCGGGAGGAGGUCCAGGAGACCCUCACUUCGGACUCUUUCCAAAUCUGCAAGACGGUCCGUCACGGUUUCCCAUAUCAGCCUACAGCUUUGGCUUUUGACCCAGUUCAGAAAAUCUUGGCUAUCGGGACGAGAACAGGCGCUAUCAGAAUCUUGGGCAGACCUGGGGUUGACUGCCACUGCCAACACGAGAAUGAGGCUGCCGUCCUCCAGCUCCAGUUCUUAAUCAAUGAGGGCGCUUUGGUCAGCGCGAGUGCCGAUGAUACGCUUCAUUUGUGGAACCUAAGACAGAAACGGCCGGCUAUUCUCCAUUCUCUGAAAUUUAACCGAGAGCGAAUUACCUACUGCCAUCUGCCUUUCCAAAGUAAAUGGCUCUAUGUCGGAACAGAAAGGGGAAAUACACACAUUGUAAAUAUUGAGUCUUUUGUUCUUUCUGGAUAUGUAAUCAUGUGGAACAAGGCAAUCGAACUAUCCACAAAGACUCACCCGGGCCCAGUUGUCCAUCUCAGCGACAGUCCAAGAGAUGAAGGAAAACUGCUAAUAGGUUAUGAAAAUGGGACAGUGGUACUGUGGGACUUGAAGUCCAAGAGAGCAGACCUGAGGGUUUACUAUGACGAGGCGAUCCAUUCCGUAGCCUGGCACCAUGAGGGCAAACAGUUCAUGUGCAGCCAUUCAGAUGGCAGCUUGACUCUGUGGAACCUGAAGAGCCCAAGCAGACCGUUUCAGACCACAAUUCCACAUGGGAAAAAUCAAAGAGAUGGAAGAAAACCUGAAUCCUGUAAACCGAUUCUGAAAGUCGAGUACAAGACCUGUAAAAACAGCGAGCCAUUCAUCAUUUUUUCUGGCGGACUCUCCUAUGACAAAGCCUGCAGGAGACCGAGUUUGACCAUCAUGCAUGGGAAAGCGAUUACGGUGCUGGAAAUGGAUCACCCUAUCGUUGAGUUUCUGACACUGUGUGAAACGCCCUACCCUAACGAAUUUCAAGAACCCUACGCUGUAGUUGUGCUUCUGGAGAAAGAUCUAAUUGUAGUGGACCUGACGCAAAGCAACUUUCCGAUCUUUGAAAAUCCUUAUCCCAUGGACAUUCACGAGUCCCCCGUCACCUGCACAGAGUAUUUUGCUGACUGUCCUCCAGACCUGAUUCCGGUGCUCUAUUCCAUAGGAGCCAAACACAAAAAGCAAGGCUACAGCAAUAAGGAGUGGCCAGUGAGCGGAGGGACCUGGAACCUUGGGACCCAAACAUACCCAGAAAUUAUUAUCACGGGGCACGCGGAUGGAUCGAUAAAGUUUUGGGAUGCUUCUGCAAUAACUCUACAGAUGCUGUACAAGUUGAAGACCUCAAAAGUCUUUGAAAAGCCCAAGUCGGGAGAAGGAAAGCCAGCGUGCGACAUUGUAGAAGAGGAUCCUUUCGCCAUUCAGAUGAUCUCUUGGUGUCCAGAGAGCAGAAUAUUCUGUGUGGCUGGGGUCUCUGCCUAUGUAAUUCUUUACCGGUUCAGCAGACUUGAAACAACAACCGAAAUCGCUUCAUUAGAAGUACGACUUCAGUAUGAAGUUGAAGAGAUCAUUACUCCUGAACCAGAAACAAUUCCUCCGUUUCCAGAUCCCCCUUCCCAGCUACCUUCUUUAAAGAGUCUUUCGGGGAGCAGCACCGUCACAGCGACAAGCGAAGGGGUGACGAAGGACAGCCUCCCAUGCCUCAACGUGAAGGGUCGCCCUGUGAGGAUGCCUCCUGGGUACCAAGCAGACCUCGUGGUUCAGCUGGUGUGGGUGGACGGAGAACCUCCGCAGCAAAUCACAAGCCUUGCCGUCAGCUCUGCCUACGGACUCGUCGCGUUUGGCAACUGCAACGGGCUGGCCAUUGUGGACUUCCUGCAGAAGACCGUGUUGCUGAGCAUGGGGACGGUUGACUUAUACGGUUCGAGCGAUCCCUACCCACGACAACCUCGUUCUCCGCGCAGAAGCAGGCAGUUCAUCGCAGACAACUUUUGCAUGCGUGGCCUGUCUAACUUUUAUCCAGAUUUAACGAAACGGAUCCGUACUUCCUAUCAGAGUCUCACUGAACUCAGUGACAGCCCAGUUUCCUUGGAACUGGAUCGCUGCAAGUCCCCCACUUCAGGCCUGGUUGCCCGAACUCCCGAGACAGCGCCGGGCUUUGCCCGGAAUGAGAUACCAGCCGGGAGGCAGAGAAAUCAAAGCCACCACUUGCCAGAUCACGUCAAUGGGCACUGCACGAGCCCCACUUCCCAGAGCUGCGCCCCCGGGAAGCGCCUUGCCGGCGCCGAGGCAACCAAGGCCAAUCGCCGGGGACCCGGGAAGCCGCCCUUCCGCAAGGCCCAGUCGGCGGCCUGCAUGGACAUCUCCCUCCCGGUCACGGCAGAAGGUCACAUUUCCAGACGGGCAAUGCUUCAGCAAUUACACGGAGCCAGUACAUUUUCACACGAUGAGCUCCACUUUGCCGCUUACACCUGGAGGGAAAAAGAAAACCGGGAAAACUCCUCCAACCGCUCCCGGAGCUCCAGCGUGUCCAGCAUCGACAAGGAGUCCAAGGAAGCCGUCACGGCCCUGUUCUUCACCGAGUCCUUCGCCCGGAAACAGGAUCAGGCCCCCUCACCCUGCCUGUGGGUCGGGACGGGCUUGGGGGUGGUGACGCUCAUCUCCCUGACCCUGCCCGCACCCGACGAGCCGAGGGGGGCCGACCCCGUCGCCGUCUCCCCAAGUGGUACGGUUCUGGCCCUGAAGGGCGCGGUGCUGGCGUUCUCCUGCCUGGACGGCACGGGGGCAUUCCUUCACCCCCCAUACGAAGUCUGGAGGGACCCCAACAGCCUGGACGAGCACGACCGAGCCAGGAAACGGAAACUGGUCUCGUCCUCGCCCCCUUCUUCCCAGGAUGCGGGCGAGCCCCAGUACGCCGUGAUCUGCUCGGAGAAGCAAGCCAAGGUCUUCUCGCUGCCCUCCCAGGCGUGUCUGUACGUCCACAACAUCACCGAGACCUCCUUCCUCCUGCGGGCUGACGUGGUGACCUUGGGCAGCAGCCCCUGCCUGGCCUGCUUCUGUGCCAACGGGCAUAUCAUGACUCUGAGUCUCCCCAGCCUCCGUCCCCUGCUGGAUGUCAACUACCUGCCGCUGACCGACAUGAGGAUAGCGCGGACCUUCUGUUUCACCAACGAGGGUCAGGCCUUGUACCUCGGCUCGCCGACGGAAAUCCAGCGCCUGACCUACAGCCAGGCGAUGUGUGACGGCCUGCAGGAUGUGCUCGGAGACUUGUUCGUGCCGGUGGAGACUCCGGAAGCCCAGAACAGAGGUUUCCUUAAGGGGCUGUUUGGUGGAAGCGGGCAGACACUUGACCGGGAAGAACUUUUUGGAGAGGCUUCAGCGGGAAAGGCAUCCAAGAGCCUGGCCCAGCACAUUCCCGGCUCAGGCGGGAUGGAGGGCAUGAAAGGGGCCGCGGGCGGGGUGAUCGGGGAGCUGGCCCGGGCCCGCAUCGCGCUGGACGAGCGCGGCCAGAGGCUGAGUGAGCUGGACGAGAAGACGGCUGGCAUGAUGACCAGCGCCGAGGCCUUUUCCAAGCACGCCCACGAGCUGAUGCUGAAAUACAAGGACAAGAAAUGGUAUCAGUUUUAGGCUGACGGCCGGGGCCAGGGCAGCGCCCCCUCCCUCCGCGCCCGUCUCGGACCACCCCCUGCCGCUGACCACGCCCUGGCAUUUACACGAGACUUGCCCUAGCAAAGGCCGGACCCUGGAUCUAGCUUUUCCCCCCUGCGUGGCUCGGGAGGAGCUCCCUGAGCCGAGAACUCUGGCUGCUGGGGUCUGGCCGCUUCUGGAUCACGGGCACCUCACCCUCAGGCGCGACUGCACUUUCAGAAAUUCAUUGCAUGGUAAAUUGACAACCUGAAGAAGAAAAAAAAAAGCAUGCUGUGACGGAAGAAAAAGGACGAAUUUCUCCGGUCAAAGUCAGCCAAGCUUCCUUAUUUUCCAGAGCCGCAUUCGAGACAACGCUGUGUUUCAGGUACGGCUACCAUCCCCACGGGACAAAAACGGCGUUGGAAGUUGGCCCUCCUCUGUCACCUCUGCUCUGAGCCCCGCAGCUUUCCCGUCCCCUGCGCCCUCCCAACCCCACUAGAGUCUGGUAGCCUCCUUUUGGGACGGAGGCUUGGGGCCUUCCUUAAUUUGCGAGGGACUCCCCGCUCUGGGAAGGAGCAUGGCGUUGGUUCUGUCCUCGGCGCCUAAUGCAUCUUAAGCAGGCCCUUUCCCCGGCCGGGCCAGGAAUGGGGUGACGCAGGAGAGACCACCCUGUGGCUGCUGAAGCCCCCUCCACCUGUACCUCCUGCGCUUCCCCCCGAGGGAGCCGCUGUCCCCCUUGCCCCUCCACCCCCAUAUUUCUCCCAGGGCUGCUGCACCCCGGCUGCGUCCCACUAUGGCCUGGUGGGGCUAAAGUACGGUUCUUACUGUCUCCCCGGCGCUGCCCCAGGCAGUCCUGGGUUAAUUGGGGGGCGUGCCUGGCUGCCGGACUGCACGACGGCCUCACUCGGAAACCUGGGUGCCCCAGCAGGGACGGAUGAGUUUCAGAAACCGCAUGCUUAUCACCUUCGCUGCUCCGUCGGGACAGGAAGCUCUCGCUUGAACUGGGAACCCUGUCUUUCCUCAAGGCCGGUUGCCUUUGCUCCCGCUCCAGGGCGGCCGGGUCAGCUGUGGGUACUUCUGGAGGUUCAGUCCGUCGCUUCACUUGGACUUGACCCAAAUCAGGUGGUUUCAACCAUGAGAGGCCGGAACUUACAAAGCUCGUGUCAUUUGUCCAUCCAAGUGUUGCCCCCGGGGGAGGCCACAGCGGGUACCCUGACUCCAACGUGAGAGCCCCGCAUCUGGCCCCGGCCUGAUCCCACUGCCAAGCCGGUCAACCCUUGGGGAACCCGCCACGCAAGGUGGCCUUGUCCCAUUGGGCCAGCUGGGGCGGCCGGGGAGUGGAAAGGUAUCAUUUUCUACCAGUGGGAAAGAAGGGGUGCCAUUAGGCUGCCUGGCAGAGGCUCCGGGGAACGAGCGGGACCUCCCCAAAGGCACAAACCUUGUCAGCCUAGCCAGCCGUGGGGAGCGGGUGCUUGACUGACUGCAGGGAAACACUGACCCUCGUUCCUGGAGGAACAAGCACAUCUGCUCCUGGUGAAAAAAGCUCUGCAGUCAGCCGCUUGUCAGUAAAUGCCAUGAUUCCCCCUCCAACACCGAUAUAACACCUCUCAGCCCAGUCACAGUGUGCCGCCCACACUGACCACUUCAAACCACCUCUUCAUAAGUCCCCCCGCCACGCUGAUCCACAAUGGACUAUGCAAUAUUUCAUCAGGGAAAUAGUCUGUGAUUUGGAUUCGUUUUCCCCAAAAUGCUACACUGAGAAGAAACUGACUCUCCCGGGGUGGUAGCAGUGGGGCUGUCGCUUCAGUUGACCUACAGAAGUGGCAGAGGGCAGAGAAUAUACUGGCUUAGCCAGUCGCCACAUGCUUAACAAAACUCCCCAGCCCCGGUCACGCACCACAGGUAUUUCUCGCCCCGGAGCGAGCCGUGGGCAAGCCCCAAUCAAAGCAAUAAUGAGCCGGGCAGUAUGCAGAGCUGACCAGGACGAUGUAACUUCUUGUUAGAAAUGGAGUUCCCUGGAGCCACUGAUGCUACAGACUCCAUCUUUCCUCUCCCCCAACCGUCUGCGCUAAGUGUAAGAUGCCACGAGUCUUGGUUUCCCUGAGGGAACCAGAAGGUUUCACCAGGUGCAGUUGGAAAGGUCCAGACCGUUGCCUCCCCCGUGCCCUCGCCCUUCCCUUCGGCCCUGAGGGGAGGAGGGCCCCAGCAGUUACCUGGGCAGAACGCAGUAGGGUGAUCCACGGGGACGCUGGGGAGGCAGCGCUGUGGGGGAAGGACUUUGCGUUCCUGGCAGGUCGAUCCCGGGCCGUUCCGCUUCCCGCUGAAGCCUAGAGGGGACAUUAGAUAGAAACGAACAGACAAGUCGCCCUGCUGGGCUCGGGUGGUCGACCCCCGAGAUCCAAACUGGGAGUUAAUUAGGGUAGGCUCCUCAGGACCAGAGGCCUUCCGGAAGCCAAAACCUCCCAGUCAGCUGGACCUCCUAUUUACUCCAACACCCUUGGAACUCUUCCUGGGGACCAUAGGGACAGGUUUCCUGGCCUGCUUUCAAUCAAAUCUCUAUAGUUCUCCCCCCCCUCCCACCCUCAAUCCCAGGUUAAGUCAACUAAUAAGCCCAUUCAUCGGCUAUUUAUUGGGCAGUUGCUGGGCCCAGACCCCUGCUGUCCUGGGCAUUUGGACAAGUACAGUGAAAGCAACAGACCCCCGGUCCCCGCCCUUCAGGAGCUUACCCUUUGGGAAGCCUUCCCAGCAUCGCUCCUGAGGUCAUUCUGGGUAAAAAACGAGCAACGUGGUUACUAACAAACUUCCAGCUAAUCUCCCACAAACGCACUGUUGACUCUGUCCCCGUACUCCCCACCCAGCGGCCCUCUUGUCUUUUCCCACCAAUGGGCUCAUGGUUUUUAGGACACAGACAGGGCAAAUCUUUCCGGGAAUUUUCCCCAAUCCCACAAACCAGAGGCUGGUUUGGCAGAUUUGUAAAUUGAAAUCCAAGCCCGCUUCCCUUUCUGCCCUGUUGCUGGGCCCUGCUCCCUGGCCCCGAGAGGGUCCUAAGGGCAAGCACCCCCCACUCCCCGUCCACAGCUGUCUGUCUUGGGCUUAGAGCUUGCCAGUGGUCACUUCCCUUGAGUUUUCCCAGGCCCUCCGGAGUGCUACCACUGCUGUAAAGGGGGAUAAGCCACCUUAAACCAAAUCCCAUCAGGCUUUCAGACCUCGGCAUGCCCACCCCGACUCCACCCCGAAAGUGCACUAAUUAGGCCAGGAGUCUGGUGGGGCUUGGGGCUGACCAGGACCCCGGACUCUGGGAGGAGAAUUCCAGUACUGGCAGACCCAACUCCGUUUGGCCAGAUUAGGGCAUGGGUAUUCCCCCGGGGGCACGGCUAACAACCUCUCCGCGCCAAGGGUGGCAGAGCAGUGCCACAAAGACUGAACCGCAGCCCGGAUGACGGCUGCUGCCCAGCCCUUGGCCCCAAGGGCAGCAGACAGCUGAGGAGGGAAGGGGUGAUGCCAAGCCCUUGGGCUUGAGGAUGCCAGGGGACGCUGACCACCGUGUGAAGGGUCAGGAGUCCCCCCUGGCCAGCCCGGUCCCACCCCAAGGGCCCGGCUGGCAGCGGAGGGAUCGAGGAAGAGGACUCCCAGUGCUCUGUCCUGGCUGCCCCCAGUCACGAGAGUGCCCCCCGCGAAGCCUGGCCGGCAACACACAACCCAAACCGACAACGCCAACAACCCAAGGUUACUCCAUGUUUCUCUCUAGAACGAUAAGGGCGCCGACCGGGUGGCAUCGCUGAUGUAUCUUCAGACUUCUUUCAGAAAAUGACAAACUCCUAUUUUUCUGUUGCAUUCAGCACCUGCGGUUAUAAUGAUCAAAUUUCUCGUAGUCUGUAGAAAGAACAAGAAAACUGUAUAUGUUUGUAUAUAGGAUGUUCUAUAUCUAUAAAUAUAUGUAAUGUAUAUGUUGUAUAAGUUUGGUAGUGUGCAACAUUAAUGCUUUCUAUCAAGGUUUACCAUGUAUGUGGAAACAACCCUGAAAAAAUAUUUAUACAUAGGAAGA